CGAAGACUCAAGGUCGCUGAACUGAUAAAGCGGUAACCUCAAUCUAUUGUUUCGGCACAGUUGUGAAAAUGUUGUCAUUUAUUUUUCGAAGACUUUUGAGCCGACUCUAUUUUCGUACUCCUAAUUUGAACCCAUCUUUCCGAAGUCCUACUCCUAAGGCUUUUGUUUCAAGCUCGCCGGCCUUUGUAUAUAGAUCUCAUGCUUGUGGUGAGCUGAGCACGCGACAUAUCAACUCUACCGUUACAGUAUGCGGGUGGCUUGAACAUUGUCGACUGUCAUCUCGUUUUCUUGUUCUUCGUGAUGAUCGUGGCUUAAUACAAAUAUAUUGUGAUAAGAAUUCUCUCCCAAUUCCGCAGCUUUCUUUUGAGUCUGUCCUGAGAGUGACAGGUAAAGUCCAAGCACGUCCGGAAAAGGAUGUAAAUAAGGUAGUGUUAUUUGUGUUAUAUCUUAGCUUCAAGCUUAUGCCAACUGGCGAAAUUGAAAUAAUUGCCGAAAGCAUUGAAAUCCUCAGUCAUUCGUCUUUACUUUCCUUUCUUCCGAAAGAUGCAGCGAAUGUUAGUUGUUAUCCUACGAUCACUCAGUCAUUUUAAGGUCAACGAAACAGAAAGAUUAAAAUAUCGUUACCUUGAUCUUCGUUCGUCGAAUAUGCAAAGAAACAUGCGGUUUCGUUCAUCUAUCACUUUGCAAAUGCGAAGCUUCUUGUGUCAAAAUAAUGGUAUUGUACAUCUUUUGUGAUUCACAUAUAUAGGUUUUAUUGAAAUCGAAACUCCAUAUUUGUUCAAAAUUACUCCAGGGGCAAGUACUUGUGAUAAUUUCUGAUUUCUUUAGGGUGCCCGUGAGUUUAUUGUACCUACCAAGUUUCCUGGAUUAUGGUACUGCUUACCUCAAAGCCCCCAACAAUUCAAACAACUUUUGAUGAUAAGUGGGUUUAGUAAAUAUAUGCAGAUCGCCAGAUGUUUUCGAGACGAGACUUCUAGAUCUGACAGACAGCCCGAAUUUACUCAGUUGGACAUAGAAAUGGCAUUUAUCACUCCAAAUGAUAUUUAUGAAAUAAUUGAGAAUAUGUUGUUAUAUAUUUGGCCUACAGUUCAGAGUACUUCAGGUUGUCGGCCAAUUUCGGCACCUUUUUUGCGCAUGAAAUAUUGUGAUGCUAUGUCACGAUAUGGAAGUGACAAACCAGAUAUACGCUUUGGUUUCUUAUUUUCAUACUCCGCUGUUGAUGGGUACACCGGUUUUAAUAUACCAAGGAAAUACUCAUCGAGUUUAAGUGCUGAAGAUUGGGACUCCUUGGAGGAUUUGGUUUUCCGCCUAACGGGCCAAAGAAUAUCAAUCUUUGCAGUUCAAAAUAUCAAGUCAAAACACUUGGACUUAUUAAAUUUAUUAAAGCCGGAGUGUGGUGAUUUAGUCGUCUUCAUUAAAGGAAAUACAGAAACUGAGUUAAAAGCAUUGGGAAUGGCACGAGUUGAAGUCGCUAAGCUUAUUGAUUCGAAAGGUUUGUCAAUAUAUGAACCUGGAUUCCAUUUCCUUUGGGUAAAUCAAUUUCCAUUGUUUGAAAAAAAUAACUUAGGUCAAUGGAUAUCAGUGCAUCACCCAUUCACUGCUGCGUCGCCAGAGACAGCACAUUUCCUGUACACUGAUCCGAGCAAAGUCAUCGGUUUACAUUACGAUUUAGUUUGUAAUGGUCAAGAAGUUGGAGGUGGUUCAAUUCGGAUACAUAAUCCUGAGGUACAAAGGUAUAUUUUUACCGAAAUUCUCAAGGAAAAUUCUUGUGAAAUGGAAUACUUUUUAACUGCUCUAAAUUCUGGAGCUCCACCGCAUGGUGGGAUUGCGUUAGGUAAGUGGAUGUUAUAUCAUUACAUAGAUUCUCUCUAGGUCUUGAUCGUUUAAUUGCAAUAUUUGUAAAUGCCAAAUCAAUCAGAGAUGUAAUUGCUUUCCCAAAAGCGGCUGAUGGUAAAGAUCUCUUAUGUGGGACACCAACUAUGGUAGAUGAUGAAAUCUUAUCACAGUAUUGCAUUUCUGUUUCUAAUCUGAAUAAAAGUUGAUUUCCAAGCGAUAAUGUCUUGCCUUCCUAAGUGGUGGUUGCUUUAGUAACAUCACAGUAGGUUGGGUUUUAUUCUUGUUACGAAACUUUCACCAUCAUGGUAUACUGAUGUCUGAGUAUCGUAAAU